AUGGCCAAUCAAACCACCGAAACGAAAUUAAAUGUUUCCAGAACAUAUUCAGCUUUUACUGAGCGUGUGCUGGGUCUGCCUGUGGAAAACUAUAAAGGAUAUGUUGAGGCAGAUGCUACUCAGAGAAUACGGCUAAUAAAACCAAAUUCAUACUUUUUAAUCCACGGCCUAGCAGAUACAACUUCCCCAUUUAUUCAUGGAGUUCAAUUAGCCAAAUCAUUAACAAGCGCCAAUAUUCUGUUCCGCUAUCAGUCUUACGCAGAUGAAGGUCAUGAAUUAGAUGGUGUAAUCGAACACGUAUAUUCUUCCAUGGAACAAUAUUUUGCCGAAUGCUUAAGCUUGGAUCCAGAUGAUACAAAACCUUUGAUAGAUCAAAACAUGGUUCCAGCUGAAUAAAAAAAAUGUAUUGUUUAAAAACAUAUAAUAAUAAUGAAACCAUUA